CGUGCUCGACGUAAUGCCGCCCACGAGCAAACAUGGCGUCUCCGCCUACCAGCGAGUCCGCGAUCACGUCGGCCGGCAGCGCCAGCGCCAGCGGGUUCGACUGCCUCCCCGAUGAUCUCGUACACCAUGUCCUCUCGUUCUUGCCCGCGCCAGACGCCGCCUGCACCAGCCUUCUGUCGCGGCGGUGGCGCAACCUCUGGGUCUCCAUGCCCUGCCUUGACAUCGACGUAAGUGACUUCCACGACGCCUCCCAGUUCGACAGGUUCAUGGACCACGUGUUGCAUCUCUUGGACGACAGCGUGCCCCUGCGCUCUUUUCGCCUUCGUUCUUGCUGGAUUGACGAUUCUGCAGUCUCGUGGCUCAGAUAUGCUGUCAAACGCAAGGUCCCUGUUCUUGAAUACGCUGAGCGUCAGGGAUAUUUCAUCCAUGGUUGCCAUGAUCUCAUCUCGGCUUCUUCGUAUCUGACUAAGGUGGUGCUCGAACAUGUUGUGUUACAUGAUUGUCACUUUGGGCCAUUAAACAACGGGUGCCCCGCCCUGGAAAACCUGGAGCUUUUGGAAGUUAAUAUCCAGUUCACAGAGAUCUCGUCAACUUCACUCAAGCAUCUGCGGAUCGUCAACUGUAUGAUGGACUGUAAAUUUUGGAUCCGUACUCCAAAUCUUCUGACAAUGUGCCUUGAUGGCGUAGAAUGCAAGAGCUCACUAUACUGGACCGCUUUGUUCGAGGGGUGCUUAUUGACAUGCCCGGUCUUCAACAACUUGAAAUGUUUGGUAUUUGGUGACUGGUGCAUGGAUUUUGACCUUUAUCCACUACGCUGUGUUCUUAAGCAAUCACCAAUAUUAGAGGAGCUCUGUGUGGAACUUCGUGAGAAAGAGUGCGAGUAUUGCAAGGAAAAAGCACCACCUUUCUCGUACUCAUCUCAGUCUGUAUUGAGAAAUUUGACUUAG